AUGAGCAACCACGUAUUAGAAGAACCGUGGAAGCGGAAGUGGUACCCGACUCAAUCUUGCGUCGAGGAAGGUUCGUGCGGCGAUUCAACAUUAUUGCCAGAGCCAGAAGAACAGCUACCUCAGUUUCCGAUGACGAUUCGAGCCAUCCAAGACUCCCGCUCUUCAUCUGCCGGUGGUCGCUCUCUCGUUAUCUGUCUCGAUGGCACAGGCGACCAAUUCGAUAACGACAACAGCAAUGUGGUCAACUUCGUGGCAUGUUUGAAAAAGGAUGACCCGUCUCAACUCACAUACUAUCAAUCCGGCAUCGGUACAUACGAUGGGCACGGACUGAAGAAUGGGAUAUCCGCCGUCGUUGACAUGGCAGUAGGUAGUGGCCUCGGGAUACAUGUAAAAGACGCAUACCGCUUCCUUAUGCAAAAUUAUCGCGAAGGGGAUAAGAUCUGUCUCCUGGGCUUCUCGAGAGGAUCAUAUACUGUGCGUUGCCUGGCCGGUAUGCUUCACAAGGUCGGCCUCCUGCCAGCCCACAACAGUGCACAGGUUUCCUUCGCGUAUAGCUUUUACAAGAAUGACACGCCGGAAGGUUGGAAGCUGAGCGCCGAGUUCAAAAGAACCUUCUGCACCAAUGUUCUUGUGUAUUUUGUUGGUGUCUGGGACUGCGUGGCUAGUGUGGGCUUCAUCCCGAGAAUGCUACCAUUUAGCAAGACCCCAACAAACACUAUCCACUAUUUCAGACAUGCCAUGGCUCUAGACGAGCACAGGGCCAAAUUCAAAGUCUGUCAAUGGCAGCAUCAGGAACCAAACACCAAGGCUCGAAACACGAUUGAUAACGCCCCCAAAGCCAAGGUCAAAGCCGAAAAUGACAUACAGCUUAGUCGAGUCGGCCGGAUGUUCAGCUCUUGCUUUGGCCGGAAACCAAGCAGCGGAGGGGAUGGUGUAGUUGAAAGCGGAUCCUCGACCGCCACCUCGCUACUCAAGAAGACCGAGAAGGAUAGAGAGCAGAAGAAACUUGAGUCGGAAUUCGACAAAGAUGACCAGUCGAUACACGAACAUCUCGUGACCGAUGUCUUGGAAGUCUGGUUCGCUGGUGCCCACGCCGAUGUAGGAGGAGGAGCAGUACGCAACGAUGAGCGUCAUAUGCUCUCGCGAAUCCCUCUCCGAUGGAUGAUCCGGCAGUGUUUUGAGUGUAAUACUGGUAUACUAUUUGGCACGGCCGCUUUGGCAGAGACAGGAAUCGACGUCCCGACCGUCUGGCCUGUCUACAUACCGCGAAAGAAGCCACUUGUCGGGCCCUCUCCAGAUAUGGUGGAGCAGUACGAAGCUGAAGCUCUACCCCCUCUCCGGCGACGAUCGACUGCGCUAGGCGUGGACCGAGAAUUGAGGAGGGGGAGCGACGAUGGCGGCAUAGAGGACCAUGUCGGCACUGAUAUAUUCAACCAGGACGGAAGGCGUCAGUUCCAGAUCGACUUGCUACCAGAACAGGUAGAAGACCACUUCGAUGCCAUGGCGCCCAUCAAUGACCAGCUAGAACUAGCCAAGGGGUGGUGGGCCCUUGAAUUUUGGCCCGUCAAAGUGCGCGUGUUGAAAAAAAAGUCAGAAGAGUGGGAGAAGGUGUUGAGAAUGAAUAUGGGCAGAUUCCGAGCCAUCCAGGAGGAAGAGCCGAAGAUGCAUUGGACGGUGCAGAUGCGCAUGAAUGACAAGGCCUACAAAGUUAGAAAUAGAGCGGAUACGAAUACUAUAUGGAAAAUCGCAGCUUGA